CGGAAAUUUCUAGUUGUUCCACGGGUCGAUGGAUUUUAUCCCUCUCUACCAUACCAAUUCGCUUAGGAGUUUUAUUCCAGAAUCGCCUCUAAUCCAAUCGCAAACGAUGUUGGGCCGCCUCCAGAGCCAGUUCCCGUCUAUCUUAGAUCAUGGCACCCUGGAUAAUCCCACUACAGUAGCCUCGCCGUUUGGCGCAAUGCAAACCUCCCUUUUUGGUGCCUUGAAGGUGACAAAAUUAGGCUACGCAUUAGAAAUAGCAGUUGACGCCGUUGGUGUUUGGACGGAUUCGAAAUGGGAAAACAAUCCACUGAGCUGCGGGCAAGCGGUAAACAAAAUAAUCCACCAAGUGACAAAUCUAAUAGUCCCGAAACAAAUCGUCUUUAAAACUCAUUCGAAAAGCUCAGAUUUGCUCUCUAACCAUUAUUAUGGCUACUUUUGACCUUCAACCUAUAUAACGCGGCACUACUAAAAUGAGUAAAUAGGACGAGGAAAGCUCCAGUAAUCGCGCUUGAUUUCUUGUUGAAGAAAAACUGUGACGGAAAGUUAGCUGGAGUACAUUUCCGAACAUACGGUCUGCAACACAACUGUACAUCAUCAUGUUCUCCUGCGACGUUGUUAAACUUCAUCAUCAAU